CACUUGUUUACUUGCGGAAAUGAUCUGGGGUUAGUAGAGCUCGUAACAAUGGUCGGGCCAAGAAGGCCACAGUUCGUGUUGUUCGGCUCCUCAAUCGUUCAAUUUAGCUUCGGCGAGGAAGGUUGGGGUGCGAUUCUUGCAGAUAUUUACGCUCGAAAGGCAGACAUAGUUUUGCGAGGAUAUUCUGGUUGGAACUCCAGACAAGCUGUAGAAGUUCUUGAUCAAGUUUUUCCAAAGGAUGAAGCAAUACAACCAUCUUUGGUAAUUGUUUAUUUUGGAGGUAAUGAUUCAGUCCUUCCUACUCAAGAUGGCCUAAGUUCUCAUGUACCACUUGAUGAAUAUGUUGAAAACAUGAGAAAGAUUGCUAUCCAUCUCAAGAGCCUUUCAGAGAAGACACGCAUAAUUUUUCUCACUGCUCCUCCUGUGAAUGAGUCUCAAAUUCUACAAUUUUUCGGUACUAAGGGUCGCAAAAAUGAACUAUGCAAAAAGUACGCAGAUGCGUGUGUAAAAUUAUGCAAAGAGAUGAAUAUAAAGUGUAUUAAUCUUUGUACCACACUUAAGCAGCGAGAUGAUUGGUUGACAACGUGCUUUACAGAUGGGAUACAUUUAACACCGAUUGGUAGUAAGAUUGUGGCAAAAGAGAUUUUGAAAGUUAUUAUGGAAGCGGAGUGGAAACCGAGUUUGGAUUGGGAGUCUUUGCCUGUGGAGUUUGCUUAAUCAUGUUGUAUGUAAUAUGCUACUUUAAAACCGAAUUGAGGGAGUGUAUUGUUUUGACUUGAUGAACUUAAUGGGUUAAGAAAAUUAAACUUGAUAGCUA